AUGACUUGUGAUAUUCUUUAUUGUCUUCCACAAGAGAUCCUCGGUGCUAUCUUCGAGAGGUUGACAUUCCGUGAACGCAUUCGGUGCAUGAGCUUAUCACAGCAUUGGCGUGCUUGGCUACAAUCGAGUCCGCAUCUCUUAUGGCAAGACAUUUCCGACAUGCAUUGCGACCUUGUCUUGAACUUGGCACCCUAUUCAACGUUCUUCAAAGCACAGCAUGUAAAGCGUGUACACUUGACCGAGUACAGUAACAUCGAGCGACAAAUGGCUGCUGCUUCCUUUUUUGCCAAGAGUGGCUGUUCAAGCAUCAAGACAUUGGAUAUCCCAUGUCAUGACAACAUGAUGGUACCUGAUGUGAAAGCUCUUAUCAAUCUCUCGAGAAACACGCUCGUCGACCUGACAAUGCGAUGCAUCAUUGACGAAUGUCUCAUACCCACCGUCAUGGCAACAUGCCCAAAGCUGCACACUUUUCGAUAUCAUCAUCGGUUUACCAGCAGGAAUAGCUAUUCUCAGUCAUCGAUCAAUCUUCAAUCAUUACACACCCAGCCACAAUUACAAAUCAUGCAUCAUCAUCUUGCUGAAUUUGUAUUGGAUGCCACCAUAUAUUUAUCCGAUGCAGCUACCCUAGUGACAUUGAUGCCCAAUCUCGAAAGGAUCCGUCUACAUAUAUGCAAUACGCGGCGAGAAGGGGAUGGUGUUGUCUUUGAUGAUGUUGGUUUGAUCCUCGACGUUAUGAAUUCCUAUUGUCCCCGAAUGAAAAACAUCCAGCUAGGCGGCACUGGAAGCCGAUCCACCUUUACCUCCUUUGCAAAGAUACGUCCUGGUUCCACGAGAAGGGGCUUAUGCGAGCUUAGCAUUGAAACGGCGGAAGGACUACAUGAUAAGCAUGUUGUGCCAUUGAUCCUCAAUCAUCACACUACCUUGCAAGCACUACAUACCCGAUCAUCCUAUUCUUCUACAUCAUCAUCAUCAUCACCAAUACCAUUAUCAUCACCACCACCAAAGUCAAUCAUGCAAUGCUUAGCGAGUGCACCUUAUCCCAAUCUACGUGAUCUGCGUGUGAACUUUAUGUGGGAUACCUAUAACAACUAUGAUGGAAAUCAGGAUUUGGUUCGAAUGAUUAGCAACGCACAACAACUCGAGUCGAUCCAUUUUUGUGUCUCCGAGCAAAGCAGCCGCCUUGUCAAUGAUGCCCUCUUUGAUACCCUUGCCCAACUUGUACAUUUACGCUCACUCAACUUGCAAGGAGGUAAUCACUGUCAGCUGUUAUCACCGGAUAGCCUUAUUCGUUGGGCACGCCAUGGCCGUUUUUCUUGUAUGCAGCAACUCCAUUUACCAGGCCUCUCACAAGCUAUCACCAACCAAGUCCUUGAUGCUAUCACCGAUCGUAUGGCCCAAGAUCUCAUUGUCUUUGAUAUUGAACGUGCAUGCCUUAUCACCGAUCAUGCGCUUCGUCGGUUCACGGAUAAGAUUGUUGCUAGUACGGCUGAGAUCAUGCAUCGAAGACGAGCAGCACUCACUUGGCUCAAUGUGACGGAAUGUACAGGCAUCUCCAAGGAAACAAUUAGAUACGCUCAUGAACGCUUAGGACCUCAUAUCACUAUUUUCUCUUGA